AUGGUGAUAUUGAGCCUGACUCCUGGUGAUUCAAAAUGCCGUCUCUACUGUAAGGGCCGUGCUUGCCGUUAUUGCAAUAUAUUCGUUGGGACAAGUGCCAUUCCUGGGCUGUACUCUACGUGGGUCACGGAUGAUAUUCUUGCAAUGGCCAGACCGCAACCGGCUCACUUCGAAAACGACAAAAUUAUACGCCUUCUGAAAGAGAACAAAAUUAGUGCCGUGUUCAAUCUCGAAGAAUCCGGAGAGCAUUCUUCAUGUGGAUCGGGAAACCUUGCUGGAGGAUUUAGCUACGACCCGGAGUGCCUCAUGAGAAAUGAU